ACACACAUACACCAAUUUGGAGGAAGAUAAGAGGAAGAGCAGAAGGGGGAAGCAGUGAGAGAGUCGAAGAAACAGGAAAUCAAUCAUUCAGAAAUGUACAGAACUCAGAAAUAUAUCCCCAAACAAUAAAUAAUACAGAACACACUCAAACAUUGGGCCCAAAAACAGCCCUCGCUAGUAUCCAACCCUCAAAAAGACCUGUCCCUUUAAGAAACAUGAUACAGGAAGAAUCUGAAAGUAAAGUUAUUUCCUGGAAAUCAACCAGGAUCUUCGUCGUCAUUAUUUCUCCUUACAGACCAACACCAACAGACUUUUUCAGAAAUGGCCUCCGGAAACAGCCUCUUAUCUGAGGAGCAGUUGCGUUGUCCCAUCUGCCUGGAUGUGUUCACUCGACCAGUCUCCACUCCGUGUGGACACAACUUCUGCAUAUCCUGUAUCACGUCUUACUGGAAGGACAUACCAGUCAUCACGUGUCCGAUCUGUAAGGAAACUUUUGCAACGAAACCGGACCUCAAGGUGAACACAUUCAUCUCGGGGCUUGCAUUGCAGUUCAAGUCGCUACAAGUGACCGACGCUCACAUGUUGAGCUCGGACCAACAUCAGGCUCGCAGCAGUGGAGCGGUGCUGUGUGAUAUUUGUACUGAGCAAAAGGCUGUCAAAUUCUGUCUGGAGUGUCUGACUUAUUACUGCAACGUCCAUCUAGAGCCUCACCACAGAGUCGCUGGCCUGAAGAGACACACACUGAUUGAAUCCUUGGCGAGCCUGGCGGACCGGAUCUGCAGGAAGCACACCAGACUCCUGACGUUCUGUAGAAACGACAGCGUUUUGCUGUGCGACGUCUGCACCGGUUCGCACCACGUGAACCAUGAUGUCGUUCCUGUGCAGCAAGCCUGCGAAGAGAUAAAGGCCCAGGUGGAGAACGCUGAGGUCGAAGUGCAGCAGAUGAUCCAGGGAAGGCUGCAGAAGGUCCAAAUCAUGAAGGGGUCAGUGAGACAAAGCAAGAUAGAAACCAAAGAUGUGAUAGCGAACAGUGUGCAGGACUUGAUGGCGCUGAUCUCUGCGAUCCAGGAGAGCAAGACGGAGUUUGCGAAGGUGAUGGAGGAGCAGCAAAAGGCAGCAGAAGAACAAGCAGAUGGGUUUAUUAGAGGUAUGGAGCAAGAGAUCACGGAGCUGCGAAAGACAAUGAUGAAGCUGAGGGAGCUGAAACAGACUGAAGAUCAGCUUUGUUUCCUCCGGAGCUUCCCAAGUUCAGUCCUCCUGCCACACACAAUGGACUUGUCCACUGUCAGUUUUAACAGCCAAGUGGAGAUACAUGAAAUGCAGAAAUCUGUGAGCAAAUCAGUGUCUCAACUGCGAGUGAUGCUGAAUAAAAUGAACACAGAAAUACGAAACUUCUCUGACGGCACAGACACUUCAACCGAUGCUACGCUGAGAUAUAUGCAGCAGUAUGAGGUGGAGGUUUUGCUCGAUCCGGAUAUGGCUCACCCUCAACUCAUUUUAUCUGCUGACAGGAAACAGGUACGUUACAGUAUUACUUCAGAUGUAAACUGGAACCCGAACAUGUUCGCAGUUCUGGGACAGAGAGGCUUCUCUUCGUGUAAGUUUUACUUCGAGGUGUUCGUGGGUGGAAAGACUGAAUGGAAUCUGGGCGUGACCAACAAGUCGAGCCAGAGGAUGGAGAUGUUCGGAUGUGGAAUCUGGGCCAUUUGGUUCAAAAAGGAUAAGUUUGAAGCCUACAGUUCUCCAAACGUGCCGGUGCACUUUGGGAUAGUGGAGCGGGUCGGUGUGUUUGUGGAUUACGACGGAGGGCAAAUUUCUUUCUAUGACGUACAGACCGCAAAACCCAUUCACUCGUUCACUGAGUGUGUCUUUACUGAAGAACUGCUGCCGUUCUUAAAUCCUUGCGAUGAUGAAUAUGGUUCAAACUUGGGUCCGAUGAUAAUUGUUCCCGUCAGUCGUACGGAGUGAAUGGAAGUUUCAGAGUUCCACGGAGGUGAUCUUUGAUAAUAUGAAACUGAUGUGUUUGAUUGCAAUAAAUAGUAAAUAUUAAAUAAGUAAUGAACUAGGUGAAGGGGAUGCUUAGAAGUGUGAAGACUAUCACACAUUAAUUAAGUGAUGGUGUUUAUGUUUGAAAAUCUUAAAACUUAAAAAAACACUGUUAUUCAUUUAUUUUAAUUCUGACCUGAAGGGUGUGGCUUUUCUUUUUUAUGUUUUCUGUGAGCUGGGUAAUAUGACCAAGCAGUUGCAUUGUAUUGUGUGUUGUUGUUUUGUAUUGUACUCCUAUAACAUGGCACUGUUACCCACAACUGCUUUAUCACUGCUGUCAAUUUGUCAAUAUCAAUAAACAAAGUUCAUUUAAAAAAAUGACUUGUUUCACUAUUAGAUUAAUUUGAUCCAAAAACAUUUGGAAAGUCUAGAAGAGCUGACCUUUGACCCCUUCUGAUAAUAAAUAAUUGUAUAUACUGAACCAUAAUAUCUUUAGGGUACUCUAAACUGUGUUAUGCAAUGUCAAACAUUUAUUGCUUGAUUUUCACAUGUGAUCCUCUAUAAUUAAAGAAUGAACCUGUUAAUUGUGUAAUAUUAUCAUGUUAGUUUCAGGGCUCUGCUUUUGUACAAUAACUUACUGGAACACUUUUAAUGUUAUGAGUAACAACGGGGCUUUUCCUACUUGACAUGUGAGUUCUUAUGUUGAUUUUGUUUUUUAUAAUAACACAGAAUGUACGUCUUGUCACUAGAGUUAAAAAUACUUUUAAAGCUAUAUAUGAUCUGUAAUGGAUAUUAAACUUUUAUAGCCAGCUUGAUGAAAUUUUAAUAAAGUAAAAAAGCAUUACGCAACAUUUUCACUGUGUCAUUUCUAUCUGCAGGGAAAAUAAACAUGUCUUGUAUCAUCA